UCCGGCGGUGAUUUUUGAGUGCCAGAGGUGCGGCGCACAAUUAGCCCAGCUUCGUCCGUCAUUGUAAAUAACCAUUUGUUGUUAACGGACUUACUUAGUUAAGUAAAGGUUAAAUAAAACAAAACAUUUAAAACAAUACUCUGGUCUCUGUAGUCAGGAACUUGAGAGAAACACAGCGAGGACGGUUUGGUUUCCACUAGUUACCACAACUACAAAGUGUAAAAUAAAAAAAAUCGUCAAAAAUGUAUAUUAACAAAAAAUAGCUUUUUGGUCUUAAAUUAUGGUUAGAGUUAAGCAUAAGGUUAACAUUGUGCUUAUGGUCAGGUUUCAAAUCUAAUUUUAAGAAGCUACAUUUAAGAAAAGGGCGGAGUUUAUAACUCUGUGGCUGUGGUAACUGGUGACGACCGACUACUGAGACAACAAUAACACAAGUCAGGUUCAAGUCUGACUUUUACUUCGGAUUCAACCUAUUCUGACAGGCCAAAGCCAACAACAUCAGCGAAUGUGUGCUUUCUUUCUCGUGCUGAUUGAUGGGUGACACGCGUCGAAUAGUAGGUGCUACAGCCUGACUACCCAUACUGCCCUAGUCCCCAGUGUCAGCCUGACUGCCCUUGUCACCUGAGUCUUUCCCCCACACUAUGGACCUCAACCUUGGGUAGAGCAGUCCUACACACCCCUGGAGAAACAUUCCACCCUCUCUCCUUUCCUCCCUCUUCCCCCUCCCCUGUCUCUGUCCUUCUCUCUCCUUGUCUCCUCCUCUCCUCCUCCUGUCCCUCUCCAUCCCUCUCUCCUCUCUCUUGUCUCCCUCUUCCCCCUGUGUGUGAUGAUGGCUGAUGGUACAGAGUCUCUACAGGCCAGUGUAAACUCCUACUGGGCAGCUUCUCCCAUCCACGCCUCCGCUAUGUCUGACGAGGAGACCGAGGGACAGGACACUGAUGAGAUAGACAGGGCCCCUCUCCUGCCCAAGCAGCACCAUGCAGGACCCCCGGGGGCCACGGGGCGGCCCCUAGCCUCCCGCCACUGUCCAGAAGACUCCUACUGUAUGGUGUACAUGAUCUUCUUCCUGUUGGGCAUCGGCUCCCUGCUCCCCUGGAACUUCUUCAUUACAGCUAAACACUACUGGACCUACAAGCUGAGCAAUAAUACUGACGGGCACGGAGAGGAGCCGCGCUCAGACCUUAGUGAGUACUUUGAGAGCUAUCUGGCCAUCGCCUCUACUGUGCCUUCGGUCCUCUGUCUGGUCCUCAACUACCUACUAGUUAACAGGUUGUCCCCAGCGGUGCGUAUCCUGUCGUCUCUGCUCAUCAUCUUGGCUGUGUUCAUAGUGACCACGGUCAUGGUCAAGGUGGAUUCCUCUGGUUGUAGAGAGCAGUUCUUCUUUGGGACUUUAGCCAGUGUUGCUAUGGUCAGUGGGGCGUCCAACCUCUUCUCUGGCUCUGUGUUCGGGAUCAGUGGGCAUUUUCCCAUGAGGAUAUCACAGGCACUCAUAUCAGGCCAGGCUAUGGGUGGUACUAUCAGUGCAGUAGCCUCCAUAGUGGACUUGGCAGCAGCUAAAGAUGUGACUGACAGCGCUCUAGCUUACUUCCUAACGGCUGAUGUCUUCAUCCUUUUCUGUAUCCUCAUGUACCUGCUGCUGCCUAAGCUGGAUUACUCACGGCACUACAUGCUGGCAGCAGAGUACAACAAGUCAGGGUCUAUACCAGAGCCCCGCGGUGAGGCGGACGGCCUGGAGGGGGCACCAGCGAGCACGGUCUCCUCCGUGUCCAUCCCUCCUCUAAAACCCAUCCUUCAGAAGACAUGGCUCCUGGGUCUCUGUGUCUUCUACGUCUUCUUCAUCUCUAUAAUGGUGUUCCCUGCCGUCUCCUCUGGGAUCCAGUCUGUUAACCAGAAGAGUGGCAGCCCCUGGACAACAACAUACUUCACCCCCAUCACCAGCUUCUUCCUCUACAACGUGGCUGACUUCUGUGGUCGUCAGGCCACGGCCUGGCUGCAGGUCCCAGGCCCCACCAGUAGAGUCCUCCCCGCCCUGGUCCUCUCCCGGACAGUCCUGGUGCCUCUCCUCAUGUUCUGCAACUACCAGCCCAGAGACCACCUUCACACGGUCCUCUUCAGCCACGACCUCUUCCCUGUCUUCUUCAUCUGUCUCCUGGGCAUCACCAACGGGUACCUGGGCACCUUGCCCAUGAUCUACGGACCCAAGGUGGUGCCACGGGAUCUGGCAGAGCCCGCAGGCGUGGUCAUGAGCUUCUUCCUGACGUUGGGACUGGCUGUGGGAUCGGCCUUCUCUGUGUUGAUAGUACACUUCAUCUGAAGAGGAGGAGGAGACGGGAGGAGGAGACAGGAGGAAGAGGAGGAGACAGGAGGAGAAAGAUGGCAAAUCCAGACUGACUUCUCCAACAAACUUGGUCUCCAUGCAGAAUCCGACAUUUGUCCAUAAACGUCAAAUUGCAAAGGUUAAGUUUAGGCAUUUACUCUGAAUGGUUCAAGUUUGGGAUUAGGGUUUAAAAAAAAUAAAGUACUGGGAUUGAACUCAUGACCCUCGGUGUCGAAACUCACGGCAUACGCCCAUCCGCCAUCCCAGUCCACAACGCCCUACACUCACCGUUGUUCCUACUGGCCCGUUUUGAAGUCAUCUCCCGACGUCCUGCUUACCUUAGACGGACGUAGAAUUUCACAGUGGAUCUUGGGCGACCUGGCUGAACUUCUCUGUCCUCAUAGUCCACUGUAUCUGAGGAGGAGUAAGGCCUAGAUUCAAUCUUCUCUGUCCUCAUAGUCCACUGUAUCAGAGGAGGAGUAAGGCCUAGAUUCCAUCAGAUAAAGCGAUAGCUGACACCCACGUAAAUGUAUGGAUUUUAUUUGAAAUUAUUUGACUAAAGGCAUUACACAGUUGGUUCGGUUCUCUCCGUGUAUUAUAACAAGUCAUCUACAUUUCCUGUUUUGAUAGUUUCGUAAUAAAUGGUUGCAGUAA